GACUUACACUCGGCCUUGGCUCUCUGCCAAGCAACUUGUCCCAGCCCGUACGCAGUACCGAAGAGGUACCGACCGUUCCCUGUAACUUCCAGAGUCCGACCCUCUCUCUCUCUCUCUUCUUUACUUAACUUUACAUCUCCUUCCCUCGUGAAAGUCCGCCCUCCACCAACCCCAAAGGGCCCCCCAGGUAAACCUUGUUCUCCUCCUCCUCUCCUCUUGUCCUCGUCAUCCUCUCCUCCUCUUCCCCCUACUCCAGCAACAUUUCCCCAAUUUAUUCAGCUCGCUUUCAAGUCUCUCUUCAUACAUCCCGCCCCCCUGAGACCCGCACGUCUCCGUCACUUCGUUCGCUCACCCCUCGUUGUCCGCGACAAGCUUUCCAGACUCCCACCGCCCAUCUUCAUCCCUCCGAUCGCAUCGGUCCAAAACCGCCAACAUGUCUUACCAGCAGCACCAGUACCCUCCCAACGCCUACCAGCAGCCCGGUUACGGUCCUCCCCCCGGCGAGUACGGCUACCCCCAGCAGCCUGGCUACGGCCCUCCCCAGGGUUACCCUCAGGGCCCGCCCCCUCAGAUGCAAUACUCCCAGGCUCCUCCCCCUCAGCAACAGAAGAGCAAAGACCGGGGCUGCCUCGGCGCUUGCUUGGCCACUCUGUGCUGUUGUUUCGUCUGCGAGGAGGGCUGCGAGUGCUGCGCUGACUGCAUUGAGUGCUGCGAGAUGUGCUAAAUUUCAUGACAAUGACCUUCCAACAACUCUCUCUUUUUCUUAGCGUUUAACGCUCCGAGUCUGCUCGAAAUCUCCCUGGGAUUUCUGACGCAAGUCUGCCUUUUCCUGUCAAGAGUUAUUUUGCCUAUGUACUUUAAUUGCGGGAACAGGCCGAAGGAGCCGACACCUGCAAUGCGUGUAACUUCGCUACAUCUUAUUCCCGCCUAGUUAUGUACCCAAGUUUCUUUGAUAAUUUACGCGUACAUGUCGUGCUUGGUUUGAUUCACUUUGAUCAAGUAUCUAUUGCAGGGCGGAUGUGGAGGAGAUGGACAAAAUAUUGGAACCCACUUGGCGCAGAAUUGCCACAAUGGAAAAGAUUCGAAAAUAUAUUCUUUAGGCUUAUCCAGGCAGCUGGAUCAUGUACCACCCCAAGUCUGGCUACGGAUCGUCUCGUCCCGAAGCACAUUUCUUGUUUUUAAUAAGCGUUUGAUGA